UGUGUGCAUUUGGUCAGGUCUCUGUGUUCUAUCAGCAUGGCAGAAGCUAAUGUUUUGGUGUCUCAGGAUCGGUUCAGCUGCCCAAUAUGCCUGGAUCUUCUGAAGAAUCCUGUGGCCAUUCCAUGUGGACACAGUUUCUGCAUGGAUUGUAUCACAGGCUGCUGGGAUGAAGAAGAUUUGAAAGGAGUCUACAGCUGCCCACAGUGCAGGCAGACCUUUACUCCGAGACCAGUUCUGUUCAAAAAUACCAUGCUGGCUGAUAUGGUAGAGAUGUUACAGAAAUCAGGAAUCCAGUCGGAUUCUCCAACUCUGGUCUAUGCUGAACCUGGAGAUGUGGAGUGUGGCGUCUGCACUGGGAGAAAGCAGAAAGCUGUCAAGUCCUGUCUGGUGUGCCUGUCCUCUUAUUGUGAAACUCACUUCAAGGCUCACAACGACCUGUUCCCUGGCAGGAGACACCAUGUGAUCAAAGCUGAUGGUAAAAUAGAGGAUAUGAUCUGCUCUCUGCAUGACAAAUUGUUGGAGGUCUUCUGUCGCACUGACCAGAAGUGUAUUUGCAUGUUGUGUGUCAUGGAUGAACACAGUGGGCAUAAAACAGUUUCGGUUGCAGCAGAGAGAGCUGAGAAACAGAAAGAGUUGGACCAAAGCCAAGUGAAAUGUCAGCAGACAAUCCGAGAGAAAGAAAAGCACCUGCAGGGGCUGAAGGAGGCGGUGAGGGGGAUGCAGCAAUCUGCUCAGGCUGCAGUGGAGGACACUGAGGGGAUCUUUGCUGAAAUGAUUCGCUCCAUUAAGAGAAGAUGCUCUGAGGUGACAAAGCUGAUUAGAGAUCAAGAGAGGGCUGAUGCGACGCAAGCUGAAGAACUCAUGGAGACACUGGAGCAGGAGAUUGCUGAGCUGAAGAGGAAAGAUGCUGAACUGGAGAGGCUCUCAAAAACACAAGAUCACACCAGCUUUCUGCAGAGUUUUCGGUCUCUGUGUUCAUUAACCGACCAGGAAAACUCAUCAUCUGACAUCAGUGUCUGUUCAGUGUCAUUUGAGAAAGUGACCCAGAGUGUUUCUCAGCUGAAAGACAAACUGGAAGACUUCCUUAAACAAGGGGCAUGCAGUAUGGCAGAGACUGCUCAAGGGAUCAGCCUGCUUCUUCCCCAGGAGCCCUUGACCAGGAUGGAUUUCUUAAAAUAUUCCUGUGACCUACAUCUAGACCCACUCACUGUGCAGGGAUUUCUUUAUUUAUCUAAGGGAAAUAAGGAAGUCAUCUGCAAGACAGCUAGCCAGCAACUUCCCAAUAAUCCAGAGAGGUUUGACUACUGGAACCAGGUGCUGUGUAAAGAGAGUGUGCCUGGAAGAUGCUAUUGGGAGGUGGAGUGGAAUGGACCUAAGGAGAAUCAGAGAGAUGUUUCUGUAGCAGUUUCAUAUAAAAAUGUAACCAGGAAAGGAAGUAACAAAGAAGCUCAGUUUGGGUACAACGAGCACUCCUGGAGUUUGAGCUGUUCACACUCCUCCUGCUCUUUAAUGCACAAUGGAGUGGAAACCAAAUUCAAUGUCGCACCAAGCACCAGAAUAGGAGUGUAUGUGGAUCACAAAGGUGGAAUUCUGUCUUUCUACAGUAUCCAUGGUGACACGAUGACUCUCCUGCACAAAAUUACGACAACAUUCACUCAACCAGUGGUUGCAGGGGUGGGGGUGGCUGGUGACCUGUCUUGCCACUCAGGAAGCAGGCUGUGCAGUCUUUACAUAGGGCCUCAAUUUCCUCGUUUAUCCCAGGCCACCAGACCAGGCCUCUGCAGCGCUGCUUCAACUUCACAAUGCCCAGGUGGCCCUCAUGAGCCAUGGCUAGAACACGUGCCUGCAGGGCACUAGGGAUGACUGUGCUGAGGCCACGUGCUACACA